AUGUUGGCGCUUGAACUGCCUACCUCCACACGCUUUGCAAGCCCGAGCCCGACCGCACGUGCUGUGCCUCUGGCGCAUCGCUGUGCACCGCACGGUGGCGCGGUCGGGCGCUUCGGGCGCUUCGCGAGAGAGGACUGGACCAGGGCAGCUGGUGUGGUGCUGCUGGGCGCCAUGGCAAGCCGCAAGGUCGCCGUCAUCGGUGGAGGCCCCGCCGGCCUGGCGGCCUGCCGCUCCUUGGUGCGCUUUGGGCAUCGGCCCGUGGUCUUCGAAGCGGCUGAGGAGGUGGGUGGCAUUUGGGCGGAGAAGCCCAUGAACGAGGUGGUCUACAAGGGAUUGGUGACCAACAUCCCGACCAUGUGUAUGCAAUCUUUUGAUCUGGGUUUUUCAGCGAAAAGCUCUUAUGUGACAGGCCCUGAGUUAGGGUCCUAUUUCAUCGACUAUGCCGAGCACUUCAAGCUUCGCCAGUUCAUUCGAUUUCAGUCGCGCGUGGAGAAGGUGGAACGGCAGGAGAAGGACGACGAGUCAUGGCAGGUGUCCUGGACCUCCACAGAUGGCUCCCAAGCGGAGGACUUCGAUGCCGUUUGUGUCGCCAGCGGCCACUAUGAGUUUCCCUAUUGCCCCGAGCUCCCCGGGCAGAAGGAGUGGCUGGCGGCCUCCAGCGAGCGGAAAAUCCUGCAUGCGCUGUCGUACAAUGAUCCAGAGGACGAGCCGAUCCGCACCGAUUUCAACGGCCGAUCGGUGCUGAUCGUUGGAGGUCGCUCCUCUGCGGUGGACAUUGCAAGAGAGCUCCGAAGCCGCGCGGGUUCGCUCUAUGUCUUAGAAAGCGGAUGCCGAGAGGUGACCUGUGAGGAUCACUGUUCUUGGCUUCCCUUAGGUUCCAGCCUCACACCAGAGGGUCGGAUCUUAGCGGCCACCGGCGAGCUGGUGUCGGGCGAGCCGGUGGACACGGUGAUUUUGGCCACGGGCUAUACGUAUCGAUUUCCGUUUCUGGAUGAGACCGCCUUAAACAUGGAGUUUGGCCCCGUGAGGAGAUAUGUCAAGCCCUUGUACCAGCACAUCAUCCACGCGGACUACGACACCCUUUGCUUCUUGGGAAUUCCCCUGGCGGUGCCUUCGCCGUUGCCCUUGUUCGAGGCGCAGGCCUACUUCGCGGCCUCGCAUUUGCGCGAAGCCUUCACGAGCCGAAAGCAGCGGCAGGAGUGGGUGCAGCAGGCGUGUGAUCUUCACUUUAUCUCGGGCUACGCCUGGGACCAUAUGCGGCUUCUCAUGAGAGAAGCUGGCAUGGCUGACUCAGACUAUUCCCAAUAUGACCGACGAUUGAAAGUGGUUCAGGCCAUCUACCAGGAUCGAGUGGAUCGAAAGCCUCGGAUGCCCUGGGACGAUGAUGCCUAUCGCCGCUGUCAGUACCAGGAGCCGCUCCUUGCUAAGCCUCUCCUGCGAUCUCUUCGUCGCCGAAGCUUAACCACUUCUCGAUCUCUCUCAGAGGUGGGAGAGACCGCGCACAUCUUGUCGAUCGCCACCGAGUAUCGACAAGAGGCAGUCAUCCUCCAGAGAACGGCAAAGCUUCUGGGAUACAGGUUUCAGUUCUGCGGCUUCCGAGAAAGAUGGGCCGGAUGGUUCACCAAGCUGGUUCAAUAUCAGAAGGAGCUCCAAGCUGGUCUGGCCUCCGGCCGCAUCGCGCAGACGGAUCCGGUGCUACUGAUUGAUGGCUGGGAUUGCGUGCUGGUGGGCCCCGCCAGCGAGUUUAUCGCCAAGAUGUCAGCAGCACCCUUCUCGACCUCACAGCCCUGGUAUGCAGGCGAACGGAUCUGCGGCCCGGACUUCUUCAAGGCCAAUCGGAUCGAUGCCGUGUACCCCGACCCGGGCACACCCUGGCGCUAUCCCAACGCAGGCUGCAUGACCGGAAGGGCGGAACCCGUCCUGGAGCUCAUCGAUGAGCUAUUGGCGGGCGCCGGUGAUGGAGAGACCUUGCCAGAAGAUGGGGACGAUCAGGGCAGGCUGCACGAGCAUCUGCUGGAGCUCGGCGAACGAGGAGACCGGCUUCCGUACUUCGUGGACUCCACGUGCCGCAUCUUCCAGUGUCUCUACGAAGCCGAAGCCCAGUGGACACUGGAAGAUGCACGCCCGGGGGAGUUACUUCCUCGGCUGCGUAACCGGCAGACAGGUGAGGAGCCGAUCGUCUUGCACGGCAACGGCCACACGGGACGUUGGUUCAUGCGGCUGGGACUGCAUGGAUGUCCAACCUUUGGAGAGAGAUGGAUUUUCUUCGAAGAGCGACUUGGGCAUGGUGAGUGA